AUGUCAGACGACAAACUUUCCUUUGUGAGGAAAGAGCUUGGAGAUCAAAUGGAGGGCAUCAAGAAAGAAUGGGAGAAUGCAGUUAGCAAACAGCACGACGCGCCGCCAGGAUUGUCAUCGUCCGAGUACCAGAAAUGGAAAUUCAAUCAGUCGGAGAAGGCAAAGAAACGACUGUCGGACCUUGAGGAGAAGCUCAAACGACUACAACUGUUGGAACAGAAGCUAAGGCGCUUGAAGAACGUGGGAGAAGAUGUUCAAGAGAAUGUGCGACACACUCCUGCAUCCUUGAGGGAAGUCACAUCUCCCCAGAUACCUCUGGACAUACAACUACCUAACGCAGCCACUGCUGCUGCUUCCCCCACGGCGCUGCCCGCUCCUGUCCAAGAGCCUCUGCUGGACAAUGGUUUUGAGAAUGCUAAUCCGCUAAAUAAGGGCCAUGAAGAUAAAGACAAGAAAUUGAAUCAUUGGGACACGUUUGAUGGGGGUGACGACGACAAAAAUCCGGAACACAUGCAUGUGGAGAUAUCAGACCCCAAGAAACCGAAAAAGCUCCUAACAUUGGAAGAUUUCGUUCCUGUCAGCUGUCCGUACUUCUUCGGAGGAUUCAACAGGAGAAGUCUGAUCCGACAGCAAUGCUUCGAGAUCUAUAAGAGUGUAAAGUGGUCCACAUUCUUCUUGAUGGUUGUUUUGUCAAACAGCAUCUACAUCGCCCUCUAUCCAGCCUACAUCGACUUUCGAAAUGGAUCUACCUUUGCAAGAUCAUUUCAAAUAUUUGAUGGGCUGUGUUUUGCAGUCAUGCUCUUCGAAGCUCUUUGCGGCAUCAUUGCAUGUGGGCUGUACUCUGCGGAGUCCACAUGGUUGCGGUCGACGGACAUGCACAAGAUUGAGCUCUUCAUCAUCACAGUCACUGGCGUAGAGUACCUGGGGAAACUUUUGGCUUAUCCCUUCCUCAACCUCAGGGCUUUUCGUCUGCUGCGAAUUUUUCGCAUUCUCACGAAAAUCAGAGCGCUUGCAGGGGUGAAGGCGAUCAUCCUCACCCUCAAGCAGCCGCUUGUAGCUCCUCAUGCUCUUGUUUCCCAGGGUCUCCAGCAGCUUGCCACCAUAUUCGCCAUGUUGACCUUCCUGAUGGCUGCGUUUGCCAUCUUCGGGAACUCGAUCUACGCGAGGUCAUACAGGAGGAGAUGUGUCACGCUGUCGCGUCAAAUCCCAGCAUGCGCCUCUGACUCCUCCACCGGGUGGGCUAACACCUGUGACCUGCACAACCUGAGUGCUACCAAGACUCAGGCCCCCGGUCAGGUUGCCAUAGCCGGCGGUUAUCCGUUCGAGACCUGGUGCAAAAUAUACGCGAUAGCCAUUCCUGCUGGGCAGCCCGUGCCGGAGAAUUUGACGUACCCUGUGAUCCAAGACGCCAAGAGCAUCGCGUCCUACAACAAGAAGUACCCGCGCGACCCCUACGGGCGAUACCACAGCUGUCAGAUGAGCGAGUUUGAUGCGGGGAAACCUGUCACUGAAAUGUGCGACGACCUGGGAAGAGAAGGCAACCCCAACAAUGGCUUCGCAAACUUUGACAACAUCGGAGAUGGGAUGCUUGUCAUCAGCCAACUGGUAGCGCCUGACAGCUCGUACGACUUCCUGUUGCGAUCGAUUGAGAGUGAGCCCGAGGCGAUGAUUGGCACCUACUUCUUGUGGGCCAUGAUCACCAUCUUGUGUACGUUCUUGAUGGUCGGAAUCUUCGUGGCUGUGGUGACUGGGACGUUCAAGAAAGUGAGAGAAGCGAGUCAGACAGGCAAGAGUGGCUUCCUUGAAUCUGAAGAAGAUGCUGAGUUAGAAGACCAUACCCGCACUUCAGCCUUCUCUGAUAUCAUGGAUGACAACACAGAUGGAGAGGCCGUUGUUCAGAAAGCAUCUGCUCGCCUGCUAAAGAACAAGUACUUCAGGCAUUUCACCAACCUAGUGAUGAUGGUUCAUGGCGUGGCGAUGGCUGGAAACCAGUACGAUGCUCCGAUAUUUGUCUGCCUUUUCAUAAUGUCUUGGUUUGUUUUUGCGAGCUUGAUCUUGAAUAAUCUCUUCGUUGCGGUGAUCAUCGAAAACUUCGAGAUAUCGGUAACAAUCGAGAACAUAGGAAAACCAGGAAACGCAGCAAAAGUCCGUGAGUUGUUCAAGAAGGCAUAUGAGGGAUUCUACAAAGCAAACUCUCGCAUCAUCGGAAGGAACCUGGAGUCUCGAGGACAAUCGGUUCCUUCACUCUUACCGGCAAGGUCCAGACUGAAACUUCAGAAGCUCCAGGAGGAGGCCAUGCACGAGGCCCUGCCUUCAGCCAAGGCGGACGACCUGAUACCCAACUACCAUCAAGGAGGAGCCGAUGAGUCGCACAUCUCCAAGAUCUUGAAGGAAGUCACAAACCUCACUGUGGUCAAGACUGUGGUGGAUGAGAUCCUAGAGGAGCGCGUCCUAUUCUUCUUUUAUCCGUACAGCCCGAUCCGCAGGUUUUUCGUCUGGUUGGGCAAGCAAUACAUCUUCGACCUGUUUGUGUACUCCGCCAUCCUCGGAAGCUGCUUCUUCCUCAUCAUCACUCCGCCAUACGAGGACAUGGGCUAUGACCCAAUCGUGAGUUACACUGCGAUGGCGUACUGGAACCGUGUGUUUGUUUUUGUCUUCACAGUUGAGUUCGGCUGCAAGAUCAUGGCGAAUGGUCUCUACUUCACGCAGACUGCCUACCUCAAGAGCGGGUGGAACAAGAUGGAUACUCUGGUUCUCAUGUUCGCAUGGAUUGAGGAGUCGGGGGUCUUGACGCAAGGGAAACUAGCCAAGGUCGUCAGGAUGUCACGAGCUCUGCGGCCUCUGCGACUGAUGAAGAGGAACGAAGGGAUGCGAGUGGUGAUUGAUGCUCUCAUCAGCACGCUCUUGCCUGUCUGGUAUGUCAUCAUCUUCGCCGUCUUCACGUUCAUCGUCGGCGCACUCAUGGCUGUUGGGCUGUUUGGAGGGAAGCUGAAAUAUUGCAAUACCCCGGUAGCAGACUUCCCGCUGGGAAAGAAGGAAUGUAUGGGCUACUAUGUGAAUGACGCGGGAUAUAUGAUCCCUUCGGCGUGGAACAACCCGGACUUCAACUUUGACUCUUUUUACUCGGCGAUGAUCAGCCUGUUCAGAGUCACGACAUUCAAGUACGUCAGUAUCAUCUUUGCUUGCAUGGACAUCACAAACAUCGAUCAGAGCCCUUCGACCAACUACAGCCCCAUCAACUCACUCUUCUUCGUUGUCUACUUGAUCAUAGGAGGACUCUUUGUGAUGAACUUGUUCGUCGGCUUCAUCAUUGAUGGGUUCAACGCAAACAAAGGAUCCUCCCCUCAAGAAGUUCUCUUUCAUCGCUUCACGCGUCAGGUCAACUCUCACCGACCAUACUACGAGUACUUCAAGAGGCCCAAGAAUAUUGUUAGUACAUUGUUCCAGAGAGUUGCUGAAAGUAGAACGUUCCAGACAUGGUCGACUACCUGUGUUUGUAUCAACGUCAUAUUCAUGUUGAUGGAGAACACAGAUUCAGGAAAAACCUUGAAGACUAUCUUGACGUUGCAGAACGACGUCUUCUUCGGUCUACUCGUCUUUGAAGUGUGUAUCUUCCUCAUUGCUUACGGGCCAGGAGGCUUCUACAACGAUCCUUGGAAGGGGUUUGACCUGUUUGUAGCCCUUGGAACCGGCUCGGGCUACAUCGCCAACAAUCCAAAAAUCAGCGCAGGGGCGAGGGUGUUUCGACUGAUGAGGGUGAUAAGGCUCAUGAAAGCUUUCAAGCCCAUCAGGAUCAUCAUGGAGACCUUCCUGCAGAGCAUCAAGCAGCUUCUCAACAUCGUCGUCCUUCUAUUCCUCGUCUACUCCAUGUUUGCCGUGGUGUUCGUCCAAGUCUUCGGGGUAGUCAAGUACGGAAGCAGGAUCGGGCCGACUGCUAACUUCGAGACUUUUCCGGUGGCGCUGCAGACGAUCUUCCAGCUGGUGACGGGAGACGAGUGGCAGUCGAUGAUGGUGGACUGCCAGGUCUCACCUCCAGCAUGCACGCUCCAGUUCGAAGGGAAGUCGUUCGGCGACUGCGGCAGCUCUCUCUCGUUCCCUUGGUUCGUCUUCUUCAAGCUGGUCUGCGAGAGCGUCAUGCUCAACCUCUUCAUCGGUAUGAUCUUAGACAACUUCAGCUACAUCACCGACGACGUCGCUCAGGUCGAGGACAGCAGCUGGACUCACGGUGCCUCGGGCGAUCAGAUCGCAGUCAUGAGCGAAGUGUUCCAGCGGUACGACGGCAUGACUGGCAGGAUGCCUCUGGUCAGCCUGCACUCGCUCUUGCUCGAUCUGCCUGCUCCCCUGGGGUUCCUGCAGCCGGACGAGAGCGUGCAGUACGGCCCCUACGAGAAGGCGUGCGAGGUGCUGGUGCGAGCGGAGCUGAACUUGGCGGUGAGGCACGAGAACAACGAGAUCAGCAAGCGGCAUGGAUUCUUGCAGAGGUUCCUGAGGCUCGGGGGCCCUAAGAAGCCCAAGUUCUCUUCCUCGGUGUACUUCGAAGACCUGAUGCUCGUCCUCCUCUACUGGAGGGUUCCGCGCAUGGUCCCCGAGGCGGUGAAGGAAGCGAGGAUGGACCGGGUGGAGGAGGUGGCUCUGAUGGCCUACGCCCUCAUCAUCCACGAUUUCUUCAGGCUCCUCGUCGCUCGGCGCAAGAAGGCGGAGAUACGCGACAAGAUCGCGGACCGUUUCGAGUUCAGGAACUGGAGCAAGAAGGACUUGCACUACUCGCGUCGUCUCAAGUACCUGAAUGACGUCAGGGAGGUCGGCAAGACGCAGGCGCAGGCUGUGAAGCUCAGCCUCUACGACUUGCUCGUCCACCCUCAAGAAACGGUCGUUGCCGAGCUCAGGUCCAUCGACAUGAUCCCAGAAGACAUGGUCGACCACGCGAGCGCGAUCCGUCAGCUCCACCUCAAGGCCGCAAAGCCGAUUAACGGCAUCGAAGUCUUCAGGAACCGGCUGGUCAACAGCUCGGUCGUGCUCAAGGCCCUCGACCCCGGGCACAAGCAGAUGGGCUACAUGGUCGCUGACUUCACCCGGCUGUCAUGGAACGGCUGGUGCAUCGUCAACCUGGAGCAGGAGACAUUCUUCCAGCCGUCGAGCAUGUUGGGACAUGGCACCCAGCCCAAACACGGGCAGGGACAUGCGUGGACGCGAGUCGACCUGUACCUCAAGUCAUCCAACAAGAAGUUCACGCGGAGAAAGCUGGGAAGUAUCCUUGACAUCCAGUCGUUUGUCAUCGCGGAUCGAGACGUGCAACAAGCUCUGCGGUCGAGCGAGAAGAGCAGGAGCUUCGUCCGUCUCAACACAGGCAGCCACCUCUACCAAUCUCAAAAGCUGCAGGCCCAGCAAGCCAAGAGGUCCAAGAAGAAGAAACAAUCGCGGGUAGAGCCUGAGACAGGUGUCGCUCUAGAUACAGCUUGCGUGCUUGAGGUGAUAGGAUACAUCAGCCACCAUCUCUCACAGAAAGAGCUCGACGAUGAUGGGGAGGAAGAGACGACGAUCCGAGAGGAGGAGACGACUGAAGGGGUGGCGCAGUCAGAGGAAGGAGCAGUGGAGGGAGAGGAGAUGGAAGACGAGUGAGAGGUACAGGUGCAUCAUAUGUGUGAUAGCAUUUACACUUUGUUACAAUACAAUCUCCCUCCCGUCUCGC